UCCUCUCUCUCUCCACACUUCAUCAUCUCUGCUAAUUCCUACUUUUUUUUUUUUCCAUUCUUAGUGAGUUUCCAUUGAUAGGUUUAUUGCUAAAUCCUUUAAUCUCCUCUAGUUUCACCACUCUUUACCAUUUCCUUGUCUAUUCUUCAGCUUCUCUCUCUUUCUUUUCUCUGUUUCACUUUGCUAAUCUUGGUCUCUUCUUGAGCUUAAACAUUUCGUUUCUGCAGAGUACUUCUCGAGGAAAGCUCUCGUCUUUCUCCAUUUUCUUCUCCAGAUUUUUCAUCUGGGAAUUAGUUGGUUAUUCGAGAGAGAAUCUGGGUUUAAUGAGCCGAAUUUGAGGGAAUCUUCAGAAAGAACACUACAAGAAAAAAUGAGAUCGAACUUUUGUUCUUUAGCUCUACAGCUUUCUCUUGUUCUUGUGCUCUUCUUCGUUACUUGUGAUGGGUUUGCUUCUAACGAAGUUGAAGCACUUAGAAGAUUCAAGGAAGCUAUCUAUGAGGACCCUUUUCUAGUUAUGUCUAAUUGGAAUGACCCAAAGUCAGAUCCUUGUGCUUGGACCGGCAUUGAUUGCUCUCCAUCUAAAGACCAUGUUAUCAAGAUAAACAUAUCGGCUUCAUCGAUAAAAGGGUUUCUUGCGCCAGAAUUGGGUCAAAUAACCUACUUGCAGGAACUAAUCCUACAUGGGAACAUUCUACUCGGGACAAUACCCAAGGAGAUAGGAAAGUUAAAGAAUCUCAAGAUCUUGGACUUGGGAAACAAUCAUCUGAUGGGACCGAUCCCGGCAGAGAUCGGGAGUUUGUCCAGCGUUGUGAUACUAAACCUUCAGUCCAAUGGUUUAACUGGAAAGCUGCCUCCAGAGCUCGGUAACUUGAAGUACCUUAGAGAACUUCAUAUUGACAGGAAUAGGCUUCAAGGAAGUCUUAUUGCUGCUGGAGCAUCGGGCUAUCCGUCAAAAGUGUUCUCUUCAAAUUCAAGUGCAAACAAUGCCGGUUUGUGCAGGUCUUCUCUAUUGAAAGUAGCUGACUUUUCAUACAACUUCUUUGUGGGAAACAUUCCAAAAUGUUUGGAGUACCUUCCAAGGACGAGCUUUCAAGGGAACUGCUUGCACAACAAGGAUCUUAAGCAUAGACCUUCUUCCCAAUGCGGUAAUGCACAGCUGGUCAAAACUCAUGAAAACCCGAGUGCGCCCCCUAAGCACCAGUCAGCUGAAAUUGUGGCUAAGCAUCGUAGAGCAUCGAAACCUAAGUGGCUUCUUGCUCUUGAGAUAGUCACAGGAUCAAUGGUUGGUGUGCUCCUUCUCGUUGCACUUUUCUCAGCAGUUCACCGCUGGAACAACAGAUCAUCUCUCAUCAUUCCUUGGAAGAAAUCUUCAAGCGAAAAGGAAAAGUUCACAGUCUACGUAGAUUCUGAAAUGCUGAAGGAUGUUUCGAGAUUCACAAGACAAGAGCUUGAAGUGGCGUGUGAAGACUUUAGCAACAUCAUUGGUUUAUCUGCAGAUAGUCAGGUCUAUAAAGGAACAAUGAAAGGUGGGCCUGAGAUUGCGGUGAUUUCUCUUUGCGUCAAAGAAGAAGAUUGGACAGGAUACCUCGAGCUCUAUUUCCAGAGAGAGGUUGCAGAUUUGGCUAGACUGAACCACGAGAAUGCAGGAAAAUUGCUGGGAUACUGCAAAGAGACCUCACCGUUCGCAAGAAUGCUUGUUUUUGAGUAUGCAUCAAACGGAACACUAUACGAGCAUCUCCACUAUGGGGAAGCGGCUUUAGUAUCGUGGGCAAGGCGGAUGAAGAUUGUCAUAGGCAUCGCACGCGGUCUCAAGUACCUCCAUAUGGAGCUUGAUCCUCCAUUUACAAUCUCUGAGCUGAGCUCAAACGCAAUCUAUCUCACUGAAGAUUUUACUCCCAAGCUGGUUGAUUUCGAAUGCUGGAAGACAAUUCUUGCGAGAUCAGAAAAGAAUUUGAGAAAUAUUAGUAGUCAGGGGAUAUGCGUGCUCCCAAACGCAAUGGAGAGCCGAUAUCUCGAUGUAUCGGGUAAUAUCUAUGCAUUUGGCGUCCUUCUGCUGGAAAUUGUCAGUGGAAGACCUCCUUUUUGCAAAGACAGAGGUUUCUUAAUUGAAUGGGCAAAGGAGUUCCUUGAAGCGCCAGAGACAAUGGCGAGUUUGGUGGAUCCAGAGCUGAAACAUUUUAACCAAGAAGAGCUUGAAACGGUAUGCGAAGUGGCUAGCCAAUGCUUGAACCGGGACCCGAACAACAACACCAACAAUAACAACAAGCCUUCAGUGCAAGAGCUCUGCGAGAAGUUAGAGAGUAGAAUCAGUGUGUCUAUUUCCGCAGAGCUUAGAUCAUCUUCUUUGGCUUGGGCCGAGCUCGCGCUUGACUCGUGAUGAGAAUGAAGGAGAGAAGAAUGUGGAAUGAUGAAUGCUAACUGGAAACUCUGUAAAUCGAUCGACUCGUUUACAAGAUUUGAUUUUUUUUUUCCUCUGAUUUUGACGAGUGUGUUUGAGUUCUUAAGUAAUGUUUUUUUUCUUGAUUAGUUUUGUUGGGUGUUUAAAAAGUGUUUGUAAAGAAAGAGAGGAACAUAGAGUUUAUGCAAGAUUUUCUGUAUAAUUUGGGAUCUAUGAUGUUAUAUUAUGUUAUACAUCAUUGGAUGUAUAAUUUCCAAAAGAAAG